GUGUGUGUGUUGGUGUGAAUACGUAAGGGCGAUUUUGGGAUCUAAAGCAUGACAUGAAUCACAGACGACAUCUCUGAGGAUUUUAUUUUCAAUACAUUUGACAAAGACAGAAGAAAGGAGUAAAUAUCACAAUAGCCUGACAGAACAAAGAACAAUGGCACGGGUAUCACAGAGGCCUUAGAAAAAUAAAAAGAAAGAAAUAAAAAGAAAUAUACAAAAUAUUUCCUUUGUUCGCGAGAUGCUCCUAGUGAGAAAUCCGUGACGUCACCACUCCGACACGAUGCUAUUUCCCAACCUGACCGAGGAAAGCACGAAAGUCAGCUGCAACGAGACAUGUUGCAUCUACAGCGACAACAAAACCAUCUGCUUCGGUGACUACAACUUCACCGACCGCACGAACCUCACUUUCCCCGAACCCUGGGAACUCGGCAUCAGGUACACUUUCGCGUCGCUGAUCAUGCUCGUCGGGGCGUCGGGGAACCUCUGCAUCAUCAUCAUCCUGCUCAAGAACAAACUCCUCCUCAGGACGUCGGUCAACCACUUCAUCCUCAACAUGUCGGUGGCGGACCUUAUAACGUCGCUGGCGGGACCAAUACCCUUCACCAUACGAGACACGCACCAGCUCUGGGUCCUCGGCGAGACUUGGUGUCACCUGGAGGGGUACAUACAGAUCCUGGUGAUGCUGGUGAGCGUGACCUCGCUGGCCACCAUCAGCUUCGACCGCAUGAUCGGCGUCGUGUAUCCGUUCCACAAGCACCUCGGCUCCUGGGGCUCGCGGGCCAUCAUCCUCGGCUUCUGGCUCCUGUCGGCCGUGCUCGCCCUGCCCUUCAGCUUCUACAGGGUCUAUACGGUGCGGAUCUGGCAGGACAUUACGGAGCGCACGUGCGGCGAGCAGCGCAGCGAAAUCCGCAUCUGGUGGAUCGCGGUCAUCAUCGCCCUCACGUGGCUGCCGCUGCUCAUCAUGGUCAUCUCGUACACAGUCAUCUUCGUGUACCUUCGGAAGGGCGUUUCGGCCACGGCCAGGAGAGAACACCCGGCCAUCCUGCACCUGAAGAAGCGGGUCGUCAGAAUGAUGUUCGUGGUCGUGUUGGUGUUCAUCCUGAGUUGGCUGCCCUUCCAGAUCAUGAAGAUCUUUGAGGACAAAUACAUCGACGACUCUGGCCAGUAUUUGCCUGAUAAAGAGGCUGAGUAUAAGGUAUUGCUGAGCGUCUCGCAUUACAUGAUGUAUACCAACACGGCCGUGAACCCUCUGAUAUACGCCCUUAUGCACCAGACCUUCAGACGGGCCUUUAGGGUGACUUUCACGUGUUUCUAUCGCAAGAAGCCGUCGCUCAUGCUGAAGCUGCGAGACCGCCUCCGCAGGGCCCCGCACGUCACGCCCCAGGCCCUGGUGUGCACGCCCGCCCUCGCCGCCUCCAUCGCCCUGCAGCAGAGCAUCCAGAAGUCCUCCUCCGACGCCGAGGUCAAGGUCGAGGAGGUGCCGAUGACCCAGCUGGAGGCCCCGAAGACCAAGGACCGCCUGAGCGCCUUCGUGAACGAGGGUUACGUCAGAGACCUGUCGCAGCGGAGCCUGUCGGUGGCGAGCACGGGCGCCCUCGGGCACCUCAUCACCGAGGUCAUCGAGGAGGAGAGCUCCAGCGACGUGGACAAUAGCGAGAGGAUACUGUAACGAUGCUGUAACGAUACUGUAAUGAUACGGUAACGAUACGAUAACGACACUGUAAAGAUACUGUAACGAUACGGUAACGAUACGGUAAAGAUACUGUAAAGAUACUGUAACGAUACGGUAACGAUACGAUAACGAUACUGUAACGAUACGGUAACGUUAAUGAAUCCAGUGGAAGGAUGCUGUAACUGCUGUACCUUACAUCCGUCACUUGGAGUAUAUUGUUAUGAAACCAUGAACAUCACAAAAAUUAUGGUGUGGUUUUGACGUGUACAUAAGUUCCUGUGUGUGUUUUAUUACUGUAUAUAUUUUAUUUCUAAGAGAGCGUGCCCCUGUGUUAGUAGUGUCAGUUCAUAUGAGUGUUGAUGAAUCAGUAUCUGAGUAAAUGUGUUGUAAAAAACGUUAGAAUUAGAUUAGGAUUUUAACGAUGUUUCGAUCCAUGUCCAAGGCAAUCAGUCGAGAGAGCGUAAAGGAGCUUAAGCAGUGAAUGAAGAUUGAAACGAAUAAAGUGCUUUUGCUUGUUGCAGAAUUCACCCGUCGGAAGAAAACUGGACAGCGUGUGAAACGAUUAUACUAAUAGUAAUGUGUGGGAUGGGUAACGA